GCUGCCAACAGACUUGGAUCAGAUUUGUAGAAAUGUGGAUAGGAGAGAGCGAUUGGGAAACCUGUAAACAUCGAAAUGGGUGGAGCAACAGCGAUAGCAGCGUUCGCAACAACAACAAUUUACAAGUCUCGUUGCUGGAACGAGGCGGUCAUCGAUCAGAUCAUCGAGGACGGGGAUACGUUUUACUGUGAAUCGUACAAGGACAUAAACACGGACGAUCGUCGGCUAUUGUCCAUACUGGAUUUGAAAAGAACCCUUUGUGUUCAGAAUAAAUUGACAGUGAACGUAAGCAUCGAGGAUGCUGCAUACGCAGGCACGUUUCGUUCGAGCGAACCCACAGGAAUGCACCUGGUGAAAGCUUUAGACUUAUUCUUCAAACGUCACAAUGCUGGAAUUCUGUCCUCGUCGGUAUUGAACGUGGCUAUAUGGAAGGAUACGAAAUACUACAACAUCUUUGACGGUCAGCCUAGAACGGAUAAUUGCGAGCCAGCUGCCGACGGAGUUAGCGGAACAGCGAAACUCUUUCUGGUCAAAGACCUGAUAGGUGUACUCUUCAUCAUCUUAGAAAAGAGCAAAGUAAAGAACGAGCCGUUCGUUCUCUACUCCAUAGAGAUCAGUGGAGUCGAUCAUUAUACACAACCGGUCGACACCGACAAACCGGAUAAGCCGGACACGAAACCACAAAGAAGACCGAGCGGUUACAAGGUGCAAGAAACUUAUCGAGCAGUGGUUCAAGGUUCUUAUCAUAUGACUCAUCCGGCGAUUCCGCAGCUUCUUCGUAGUCGAACCUACUUGAUCAUCGCACUGGCAGCCCUAGUUUAUUCUCGUCUGGUCAAUGCCAAUAAGUGGACCAGUGCCCUGAUCGACUUAAUUUUCAAUCAAUCAAAUAUCUACUUCGUGGAUCUGGUUCGCGUUCUCGAUAAAGACUUGAACGAUAACGAAUUCGAGCUACGCCUGGACGACAUCAUGGGUGACAUCAUCCUGGGCGCUUAUUCGGCGAAAGUGAAGAUCCGAACGAACGUUGUCCCAGGUUAUGGACAGAAGAAAGGUAAAAUGAGUAUCGACGUUGGUCUGCGUGAAUUCUUCGAGAGUCAAACAUGUGGUCUGCUAGAGAUGAAGGGUAUUUUUUAUGCCAUUUGGAGACACGACGAUACGUAUUACUUCAUGGACCCUUUUGCCUGCGACGACGAGGGUUUCAGAAGUGGAACAGCUGAGUUGGAUGGUCAUAUGAAGGAAGGCGAGGCUGCAUGCGUGACGAUGAACAGCUCGAUCAAUCAAAUGAUGGAAACGAUUAUAGAGAACACUGGCAGCAGAGACAGGGAUCCCUUCGUGAUACACGGUCUCAGGGUUCUGUACGUAAAAACUGGCACCACUCCAGGUGGUCCUUUAGAGAAGGUGAUCUACCGAGAGAAAGGUACGAAUCGCAGACCGCAGCCACCACCGACUGCCCCGCAAACGGACACCAAGCUUGACGAGGAGAUCGACAUGAAGCCGAGGAUACGACCUUCGAUGGACAAGAUGAGAGAUUUGCAGGUCCAGUGUCCGGAUCUGAUGAGAGACGCUGAAUUGUACACGAUGACGGAAGACGAGCCUCGAACUUACACGAUCGUGGCACCUGAACCGCCAAAGGAACCUGAGGAAGAACUUGACGAAGAGGAGGAAGAAGAGGAAGAGGAAACUGAGAGAGAAGACGAAGGACUGACCGAAGACGAAGACGAAGACGAAGAAAGACCGGAAGAGGAAGUUCCCGAACCUGUGCCAAUACCAGUCAGAGGCUACAGACUGAUCAAUCCUAAUCGUCUGGUUCUUCAGGGAUCAAAGAACUGUUUGGACGAGAGUUUUGAUUUAGUAUCGAGGGGGAAGCAAGGGUUAAUAACAGCCUUGACAGCCAUAGCUUACAGUAAAUUGAAAGAACCUACUAAAUGGCGUAAUAUGGAUAUCGAUCAGGUCAUUGAAGUAGGUCACAAGACUUAUGGCGAAAUUGUGGAUUGGAUUCGAAAAGGGCGACCCGAGGCGAAAGAAAAAGAAAUAGAGGGAGAAGGAGAGGAAGAAGAGGAAGAGGAGUUGGAAGACGAAGGAGAACAGGAAGAACAAUUGUUACCUAUCCCAAGUCACAUGGACAUGACUAUGUUACCAGUUAGAUUGAAAUUAGGCGAGAAUGAUGUGUUCUACAAAACGAAGAUGAAGAUCAUCCAAGGAGAAGCCAAUCCUCUGGCCAACCUUGCUGAAGCUCUGGAAUGUUACUUUAAUCGUUAUCCGCAACUGGUGCUGGAAAACAAGAGAUUAAUGUAUGGAAUUUGGAAAGAGGGUACGACUUUCUUUCUCUUCAAUCCUUAUGGCAGUGACGAAGAAGGUUGGCGUCUUCGGGAUCACCCUGCUUCCUUCGCCGUGGUGGGAACUCUGAACGAAUUGAUCGAUCUCCUUUACGGUAUCAUGGAGUUCAAUGACCCAUCGUUCAUUAUCCACUUCGUGGGUCUGGAUGCCAUUCAGCCUGGGUUAUAUGCUUCUGAAGAACCUAUCGAGCUUCCUGAAGAGUCAAUGAUAGAACAAUUUAAAACAAAGUUUUUGCCAAUUACGGAUGAAGAUUUGUCGAAAUUGGAGGCAGAGCUGGAGGAACCAGAAGUGGAGAUACAGGGUGCUGAUACUAUAGAAAUGGACGAGGAAGAGGAAGAGGAGGAGGAAGAGGAAGACGAGAGACGACGUCGUAAAUUCGUGGUUGCAGAAACAGAGAAACCUAUAAUCGAUCCUCUCCUAGAAGUAAAGGAACAGGAACAACCUGAUGCUCCAUACCGUUUGAACUUAAUUUUGUUAACUUCUAAUAUGAAGAUCUUUGAAGAAAGCGAAGAGGAUUUGAAGAAAGUACACGAACAGAUAGCUUUAGAAAAAUUGAAAUAUGAUCAUCCACCACCUUACGUGAUGCCUUCGAAUAAAACAUUGAUUAAACUUCUCGAGGCGAAACGAGCAAAGAGAUCAGUUCCAUCUUUGGUCUCCAGGUUCUCCAUUGAUUCUCGAUUGGACGUGAAGAAGAAAGGAGGUAUGUCAAUACUUAUGUCAAGAUCGACUACAAUGAUGUCGUUCGCUGCCAUAAAUGACGACGUUAGACCUUCGAAGAUGAUCAAACUCUCUCCAAAGAGAUAUUUGUAUUCAAGAAUUCUUCCAAUUUGUUUGAUGCCUCUGAGAGCCAUCAAUGAUAUGUACAUCCAAGAUCAAGACCGCGAGAAAGCUAUGAAAGAAGAGUUAGAGAAGGAAAAUGAAGAUAAGAGGGAUGACUUCGUUGGUGAAGACAUACCGGAUGUACCCGUAGGAGUUCGUAUACGACCGCAGUUAAUUCCUCUUGGACCGACUAUUAAAACACCGAAUCUAGAGAAGAGAACGAUUACUUGUCUGGAGAAGAAGAAACGGAAAUGUUUGUUAGCUAAAGGGGACGAAGGGGAUGGUUUGAUAGAAAAGAUUCUUUGUAACACCGAGGAUCUAUUGUUGGAAUUGUUCUUUCCGGGCUUCAAGGUGAAGGAUCAGCCACCAGUUGAUGAUAAAAACGAUGUUAUAUCUAAAGCUUCGAAGAAAACAUUGGCGGCUUCUACAACUACGAUACGAAAGAGUACUGCGAGUACUCAGAAGAAAGGAAAACGGAUGCCAGAUGCGGCUCGUUUGGAAGUUAUCGAAGACGGGAUUCGAAUACUCCAAGGAAACAUGUGUCUGGAGAAUCGCGCCGCAAACGAAAUGUGUCACUUCAAAUCCUGCUUCUUCUCCGCGCUGCUUUGCGUUCUGGCAAAAAUUAAACUAGAUCCAGAUCACUUCCGCCCGAGCACUCUCGAUCAGCUAAUCUUUCUCGGCGACAAAAUCUAUCAGCGAACCGGAAGGCUUCGAUACAAACCGUACCGAUGGUUUCAGCACGUCGAGAUUCUUGAUAUGAUUUACAACGCGAUUACGAAGCAGUCUGUUUACGGGGAUCCGGAGAACUGCGAGGAAGACGAGUUAUCAUUCAUGCUGGAAUAUUACCUGGAGAAAGACAAGACAGGAAUUCUCGUGUUUUCAAAUUGUUCGUACGCUUUCUGGACCGCGAACGAACGAUAUUAUUUGUUCGAUCCUUACGCGUGCGACGAGAAAGGAAACGCAAGCGAAGAAGGUUUCUGCUGUCUGAUGGAAUUCUGUGAUCUGGCCGCGAUGUUGGAGAAGAUCGAACGCAACAUCGGAAAGAACAUCAAGAAACCCUAUAGAAUUUACACGGUCUGCAUAGGUCACAUGGAAUCCAAAAAACGUAAGAAGAAACGAAAAAAGAAGAUAGUCCGUUGCGUGGAGAAGAAAACGGAGCAAGAGGUGCGCGCCGAAGAACCACCCGAAAUGGAACUAUCCAGCGAAUCGGAGGUCUCUUUAAUCGAACAAACAGAUUGGGUAAAGACAGAGUCAAAGACAAGUCUAGUUUACGAUAUGACCAUUGUUGGUUUUUCUCCUAUUAAACAUUACAACGCUUCGAUGCUCGAUGUGAUCGUUCUGGAGAACGAAAUCACCACUCCGUCGUUAGCACCCUUUAAGAAGUCUUCUUUGAGAUUGACGAAAGACAUGGACGAGUUCGAAGCAGUUAAAUUAUUGGUCAGAAGGAAGGUUUACGAUAGGAAGUUCAAACCUCACUCAGCAGUCACGACACCAUUGGAUCUCUGUGUUAUAGCGUGGUCCUUGAUCCAUGAUCCAAUUACUUGGUCUGUGAGGACAGUGAGAGGGUUGUUCGAGGCUAGCCUAGAUUAUACCUUUGAUAGCAUUUUAGCUACUGAAGAUUCAACCGUUUCCGAAAUGACUGAUGGUUUGUUACCUGAAUUCGAGAUAGCUAAUUACGUCUUCAGGGUGGUUUUCGUUCCUCUCCAUUACGGAACACUAUAUUCUACCGAAGGUUGGAACCUCUCCAUGUCUUUGCAGAAGAUAUUCGAAACUCCUGGAUACACUGGAGUGGUCAUAGUUUGCGGGGAUGCUCAUGUAGGAGUGACGAAGAAGGACGACAACUGCUUUGCUUGGUGGACAAUCAGAAAGACGAAGACCUUGAGAUUCGUCACUUCCACAGAUAUGAAAGAGUUCUUGAAGUUGAUUGUCAAAGAGAUCGAUCAGCCUAAUGAGACAACGUUCGUAAUGAGAGUGAUCACGGUGUCCUAUGCUCAUAAAGUAGAUCCUGAUUGCAGCGACACCAAAGGUCUUCACGAACCUGUGGUACCAAGCGCUUCUUUGCCGGAAGUUCAUCGAAUGCCCGCUGAACCUUACGAUCUUGAAGCUAUAUUCAGACCUACAGUGCCGGAUUCUAAACCGAUCUUCAUACUUGGAUCGGUUGCUUUGAGUAACAGGGAUGCUGUGACAGAGCCAAAGGUCAAGAGAUGUUACUUCGUCGCUGUUUUAGCGGUGAUGGUGAAGAGGGACAUCGUUCAAAGCCCCAUGCCAGGGAUGAUAGAUAAGAUUCUUGAAGUGGCCGAGUCGGUUUACAGGGAAUUUUCGGAACCGAAGUUUCAUAUAGAACACAUUUUGCGUAAUGUUACCGUGAUGAACAGGAUCUUUGAUUUUCGCGAUUGUGCCUCAUCUUUGAUAACGCUUACGUUUAAUCCUCGGACCUUGAGGACUGAUUUUUAUGUUCAGGUAAGAAAGCACUUGAGAAGAUACUUUAAAUCGUAUUCAAGUGGAAUUAUACAUUUCACGAACUGCUGUUAUGGUUUCUGGUACUCGAGAGCAACAAACGCUUAUUAUUACGUGGAUCCUUAUCAAUGCAACGAAAAAGGAAGAAAAGUAUCAAGCGGUGGAAAAGCCUGCCUCUGCAUCUUUUCAACAGUCUGUCAGAUGGUGAAGAAUAUGUGUCUGAACCAGUUUGAAGAAACAACAGGUUUCUUUAUUCAUCAACUUCACGUGGACUCGGUAAACGUACCACCAUUCAAGACCUUCAAGGAAGAUCCAAUGUGGUUGUACCUGGAUUACCAUUGGAACUUCAGACACGCUCCAAACAUCGUGAAAUCUCAUACUAAGAAGAGGAAGAAAGAAGCCGAGGAGGGCGAUGAAACAGUGAAACAAUUCUGGAACAAUUAUGCUGUCGAGGUGUCUAAUCUCAUUUAUUCAGCUUGGGGCACUAUUGGUUCCUACGAUUCCAGAUUCGGUGAUCGUGCUGGGAAGAAUCAGGCUGCCAUUUGCGUGGCUGUGCUAGCCAUGCAGUACCUAAGUCAUCCGUCAAGAUGGGGUCCAGCCAUAUUGGACUCGGCAGUGAUUUGUGGAGAUUCUUAUUACACAGAAAGCUUGAAAAGCUCGAUGAAAAAAUAUACCAAACAUUUCAACAGAUUCAACCUUCAAGCCUGUUUCAAAAUCUUCCCUCAUUCGUGGACCAUUCAAUUUAGGGAGAGCAUCUGUGGCAUUCUCUAUGGUACCAAAAACCGAAUGACACUAGCUACUGCCCUAGUAUUAGCUUUCCAAGAAUCACCAAAUGUUCUGAUAGAAUGUAACAAAAUCACGUUGGCAGCCUUGGCAGCUAAGGAUGGAUACUAUGUAGCAGAUCCUUGCUGGGUUGGACCACCUCUGUUCAACAAGGACCACGGAGCCAUUUACGUACUCCGUUGCAGAAACAUGAAUUCCUUGGUCUACGCGGUGGUAAAGAUGUUAAACACCAAUCAGAGACUGAAUUUCCGUUUGACACCUGUUGUGUUCACGUUCGAACAAGAAGAUUUCAACUUCAUGGACAACAAGACUCGCGAAUCGAAGAGAAAGGUCCUCCUAGAACCUGUUAGGAUUACUCCAGGAAAAGUGGACGAACCUGGUCCACCGAUACCUGGUGCCCAUACCACACCUGAAGGAGAUUCAUAUCUGUCGUACAAUAAGAACUUCACUUUGGGUAAAAUGAAAAGCCACGAGCUGGAAAAUCCUGAAUGGCCUUCCGUGGAACCAGUCCUGGAAGAGGAAAACAGAACCAGCAUGCAUGUCAGCACUACUUGGCACAUUAAUUUCGGCCAGGCUGCACCCUUGGACAGGGCCACGCCUGUGUUCGAUCCUCAGGCCUUCCAACACGUACCUGAAGAGUGCGAGAACCGUGUCGUCGAUUCUUAUGAACCUCUUCGUCCGGUUCAGAGGUCGGUCACCGACUUCCUGACUGCCUGUAACGAUUAUCCUAGAGUGCUAGAUUUCGCUGGCAAUCGUGUUGUCACGCAAGGACCACCGCUCCAUUGUACUGCUACUCGAAGCUUCCUUACGGAAACAGCUCGCGAAGAAUUCCGUUCGUACACAGCGGAUAUGGCUAAGAAUGUCUACAAGACAUAUAAACAUCGACUUCCUAAACGUAGUGUACACAGCGUCACUAAAUCAGUGAGUCAGAAAAUCGGUGGUGGUGAAUAUCCUUCGGCGACAGGCAUUCAUACGAUCACCGAAGAGGAGGCGGAAUCGUCUAUCAGAGAUUCGCCUGAUACAGGAAGAGAAACGGAAUACGAAACGAUGACGGAAGCAGACGAUGAUGCGGAGGAUGAAGCGGAAACCACUGCGGACGAGGAUUAACAAACUGAUUCCUACGGAGAUCGCUGGAUAUCUCAAAUGUGGGUCUCAGGAGUAUCAGACGAAGGAUCAGAAACUAUGAUGCACGUCAAAUGAAGGGGGUGUUGUUUUUCUGCCUGAGGUGACUUACCCCUGGACAGUGUCAUGCCUAGAGUACGGAAUCGCAAGGAAAUAUGCGAAGUCGCCCUCAACCCCGUUACCAGCCUUCCAUCCGCCCUCCUACUUCGCUGCAUGCAGACGAGAGGACGAAACUCGAUUUUCCUCGUAAUCAGACCGAAGUGCCGGCGUUGCACACAGCCAGGAUGUUAAAAUUCAAGACAAGGAUGCAUUUAAAGGUUACGGUAACGUGGACGCUUAUUGUUGGCGAUUCGUUAAACUGUAGACAUUCUCAUCGACGGGGUGCAUCAAAUGCAUUUACAGAUCCAAAAGGCACCCAAGUACUAGCAGCAAAAGAAAGGAUGGCAUUGUGGUUCUCGAGAAGGAAUACAAAAUGAACUGUACUACCCAUUCUUCUAAUAAACCAAUUUCUAACAUCUACAAAGAAGAUGGACGAAAGGAUGCCCACCAAAAAGUUUGAUCGUCUGGACAGUUGGGAAGCUCGUUGAAGAAGCUCUUCGGACGGCAAUCUCGGUGAAACGGUCACAAAUCUUCGUAGAGAUUAAGGUCGAUUUACAGGCCAGUAAAUCAACUCAUCAUCCACGCUCCUGUCCCAUCCUUGGAUUUACCCCUUUUUCAAGACGGAUCGCUAAGGUUCGAUCUCGUCUGGAGAUCGAUAGGGAAGCGUAUCGUCGUCUGGUCGUGCGACGAACCUGGCAAAUCGGUUUUGCUGUCCCGAUGAUGGCGUCGGAAUCGAGUUACGCAAAAUGGAUUUCGCGUUAAAUAACCGUCGCUCGUUUCUCGUUGGACGCGUACCGAUGCUUUUCGUCCUACUUGCCGCUUAUUAUGAAACACUACUAGCGAUCGAAACGCGUAAUUUCGUCGCGCUGUGUAAAACGAGAGACCGUCAAUUUCGACAUCCAAGAAGAUUCGUCUGAAACUUGACGAUUGGUGAAACAUGUUGCUAUUUUAUUUCUCAAUCCCUUCGCGUAAAGUAGUAGGUACAAUAUUGAUGCUAUAUAAAUUCCAAAAAAGCGAAGUUAAUUAUUCUGUCCUUUGAACGUUUCAUUUAAAAAAUUUUCCUUACAAUGGGACUUUUCUUAAGGAAACCUAUCGCGUAGAUUCGGUAUAAUGUAACAGGAGGCGAUACGUUCGAUAGAUUGGAAAGUUGGUCAACCAAGUAACGUUCGACUGAACAAAGAUCACUGUCGAGCGGCAUUUAUCGCGAUUCUCCGUGUGUUUGUUUCUUUACAAUAGGAACGGUUUAUAACAGCUCCGGUAGCUGCGUUUCCUUCCACUUGUUCAAGAAGUUUCAUGCCUCCGUUGCUGCCAACAACGAUCGCGUUGCGACGUCGAGCAUUUCUGUUGCAAAAGCAACGGCCCCACGGUUCGUUAAACCGUAACAAUUAAACCGGGAACAGAACUUUCGAGCUCUCUGUUCCUGAUUAUUAACGAUCCUGCGUAAACGACUCGUCCCGUCCCUCUAGAUGCUAACAGAAUUUUCAAUUUACCCUAAUAUUUGCCUUCCUUGUUUUACCUGCUGCCAGUAAAUGGAACGCUUCAUAACGGAGGGCUGUGGCUCGAAUGCAACCUCGGGAGGGUGCAAUCGAAUUGAUCGAAGAAAAUACCAACCCUUAUGCUACCAACCAUGUUAAACGAGCGAAUUUGUAUUAAUGAAUUAUUUGAACGGAGUUGAUUAAAGAAAACAGGGCUUCUGAUUUUUCGUAAACAUUCUACCUUUUAAUAAUACUGCUUUAUUAAUGCAGUUAUCUAUUUUCAAAUUUACUAGUUAGUCUCCUGUGAGCUUAAUUGGAUUUUUAUAUUAGGAGAUUCUAAUUAUUUCCGACGGCAAAACACGUAAACCGUGCAUAGGAUAUUUUACGAUUGGUCGACGUCAAAAUUGAGACAUCCAACUGGAAGUAACCUCGCUCGUUCGAGAUAUUUAUCUGGCGAGUCCAAUCUUGGUUCGAGCGUGAAAUUAUGAUUCACUGUCCAGGCCAAAGAUGUAAACACGACCCGAAACAUUAUCGUUAAGCCCACGCAACGGCAAGGGACGCGAAAGUGGACGCAAUUGGAUCCGACGACGCUUGUUGCGGCGUCAUUUUGCGCGGACCGACAGCCUGUGUUUUCCCGUAAUAACCGCGUGCACGUUUUUCCAUGUUGCCCGUGCGAUGAAUGUUGACAUUAACCGUUCGUUUCUUCGACGAUCAGGAACAAAAUAAACUCUGCCACACGCGAUUCUAAAAAUUAUAGACUGGUUCGAGUAUUUUUG